UCGUCGUCAAGCGCCAUUUUGUGGCAGUAAGCGGCGCAGUUCGGAGGCUCCACAGAUGCGCUCCGCACAGAGACGGGGACAUUGAAAUCACAAGUUCGCCUUUAAAGUAAAAAACUUAACUCGUUUAUCCUCGGCAAGAGUCAUCAGUCAAGAGCCGACCAUGAGCUACGGACGCCCACCGCCGGAUGUGGACGGCAUGCACACGCUUAAGGUGGACAACCUGACGUACCGCACGUCACCCGAGAUGCUGCGGCGCUCCUUUGAGAAGUACGGCGACGUUGGCGACGUGUACAUCCCUCGCGACCGCUUCACGCGCGAGAGCCGCGGCUUCGCCUUUGUGCGCUUCUACGAUAAGCGCGACGCCGAGGACGCCAUGGACGCCAUGGAUGGGAAAAUGCUUGACGGGCGCGAGCUGCGCGUGCAGGUGGCGCGGUACAGCCGGCCCGCUGACCCCUACUUCCAGCGCCGUGCCGCACCGCGGCGGACGCACGGCAGCAGCAGCAGCGGACGACGUCGUAAAAGCUAUUCGCGCAGCUCGAGUCGAUCUCGCUCGCACUCCCGCUCGCGCUCUCGCGACCGUAAGGACCGCAGGCGGCGACGCUCCAAGAGCCGCUCCAGGUCGCGGUCCAAGUCGGACUCGAAGAGCCGCUCCCGGAGCCCCGCCAAGCAGCACCGCAAGCGUACAUCCAAAUCACCCUCCAAGUCUCGCUCCAAGUCUAAGUCCAAGACCCGCUCGCGCUCCAAGUCUAAGCAGCGUUCGCGAUCGGGAUCCAAAUCCCCACGCAGGUCUGCAUCACCACGCAAUCACGGGGAGAACGGCAACAACGUGCGGCUAGACGCCGGAGAGCGGCCCUGCUGAUGAGAGCCGGCGUUACUGUUGGGGGUCGGAGUAGCUGGGUGGUGUGGCGCUGUAGCUGCCGGCUGGCGGUUGAGGUGGUGUGGCGUUGUUGUGGCUGUUGGUGGUGCUGGAGCGCAUUAGGGAGGAAAAAAAGGCAAAGUGAUUAUCGGUGGUAAAGUGGUAAGGGCCAAAGGAUAAAUCUGUUGCCGCUGCCCCCGCGGUAAGUUGCUACGGAGUCGGCGGGUGACAAGGACGGUGCGAAAUGCACGUCUGCAAAAUGAGGCUCCUCCCCAUGGCCAUCCUUUAACACAAGCAGAGACUGCUGAAACGCUGUGGCCGUUCUUAUGAGCCACCUAUUCUAUACAUUCGUGUGCAACAAAUGUACACGUAGUACGUGCAAAGCAACGUUAACUGCCAGUGAUAGAAUAAUUUGCAUGCAAUCAUUGAGGUAACUUGCUCGCAUGACAGGUUGUCAGAACACAUCACUCGGAGCUUUAACUGAAUCCCACCACAGUUAACGUUUAGAAAAACCCCAAGUUCUUCACUUGCAGCUUGUACAGAAGUGACUGAUAAUUGUUUAAUUAUCGUAACAUUGCAAAUGCAAAAACAGACCUGUCAGUUUGGGAUGGAAUUCAGUUUUAUCCGGUGACACUACGCAUUAAGCACACACUCUACACUAGCAGAUUAUUUAAUACAGUCGCGUUUGUGAAUGCCGGCUCUUCGUGUGUGUAAUUGUUGUGUGUGCUGUUUGUUUUCACCCUGCAGAUCCGACAUGGGGAAAGAAGACGAAAGCUAAAAAAAAUUUGUUGGAAAUCUACGACUCCAUUGGAAAUCAUCGCCAGUCUGGCUGUUUCUUACGACUGCUGAAAUGGCAUAGGUGGUCUGCGAGGGUGAAAUUCACGAAGUAUAGUUGUGGAUUUUAAGAAAGUUGUUUUUCUAAUUAGUUUUUUUGUUUUUGCAUUUAAUCGUCAGUGAGAAUUUUGACGCAAACAAUAGCAGUGUCCGGGGCCCCCUUUUGAACAACUUCCAUGCUAUACAUACAAAUUUGAGACGAUGCCAAUGAGCAGCCAAACACUGCUAUAGUUUUGGCGUGGUGCUUGUGUACACGUGUUGUAUAUAUAUGAAAGAAAACAGAUUUUUUGCUUUGUAGACUUGCGCAGAAAUAUUUAGGUUGUGUUUUUUUUAUUUGCAACGUUUGUGUCGACUGUGUGCAGUUUUGUGUUUUUGCAAAUGAAGACUAACCACAUUGUGUUGUAUUUUCUGUGCAUCAGGCGGUGAGUACACUAGCGGUUGUGUAGUGGUGGUGGUUGGUGGUUAGGGUUACAUGAUGCGGGCGGAGAGCAGAGCUGUGUUGCUGUGCAGGAGUGUUCAGCUGCGGGAGUUCCUCAGCUCUCCAGCCCCCAGCCAAUGCCAGAUGCAAAUGUAAUGACACAACUCAUUUUAGAAGGUGCAUUCAAAAUUAAACUAUCAUUUCACUUUUAUUUUCUUUAUUUUUUUUGUUUGACGUCGUCCAAGCGGCCAAUGCAGUGGUGGGAAAUUUCCGAGUUCAGAAAAUACCAUUUCAAGACUUUUAUUUGGAAUGACUUGUUACUACAUUUUUUGUUUGGCCGAGUGGGGGCACAAUGUUUUAAGUUGUAAGCUCAUGGUCGAGGCGUGGCUUGACCCCAACAUCCUUUUUUACGGUUGAUAAAAUCUAAACUUGAACCAGAUGAGCCAAUUGACAUCUCUUUUGGAAGGUGAGAACUGGAAAAUAAAAAAAUGCCACUGCAAAUUUAUGUCGGUGCAAAAAAAAAGAAACGUUUAAUCCAUAGUUAUGUGGAGAUUAACUUCCCUAUGCUCAUUUGAGCAGGGGGAACAUUUGUACCACUGCUAUAAUUAGUCUCUAGGAUAAAAAAAAUUCGUACUUACACACCUGCCUACACAACAUUUUUGUAAUAAAGACGUGUACAUUUGUUAUUGUUAAUUCUACAACUGGAAAUGCCUCCUAUUAAUUUAAUCUGGCAAUGACUGCAGUUGGCCUUUUACAUUCAUUGCAUCUACUGAAACCCCGCGGAGGCAUUUCUUCCAGUUGUAGACCAUAUGACUCGCGUAGUAUUGGAUAUUAUGCUUACAAUUUGAAAUUGCUGUGCGUUUCUAUUAAUAAAAAACCCCAAAAGUUAA